UUUUAUAUAGUAGGAGCAUGCCAAGUGGCUGUGCGCUUUGUAUUUACAAAUUACAAAUAAAGAUAUUUCUUGCACAAGCAAUAACUUUUUGUAUAUAACUAGAUUGGAAUAAGCUGUAAGAAAAUUGUAUGCAACGUUUACUUUAGCGUUGUUUUCGCGACUAAAACAAUUUUCUUAAGCUAAUUGUGUCAGUUGUGUGUGUGUGUCUGUAGGUAUAUGCGAGUGUUUUGUAUGUAUACAGAAUUUUUUUGUUGUUUUGUUUGAGUGCAGGCGCUUAUAUACACAAACACACAUGAGCAAAUGUGUCAAAGCGUGUGUGCGUGUGCUUAAAGAAUUUGGCCGAAUCAAAAAACGCAAAGAAGAAAAUGAAUGAAAUGCAAUGAAAUAAAUGAUUAAGUGGAAGCUAAAAAUCGAGGCUUAAAUCCCAGAGACCAUGGACAAAGAGUAAAUAAAAAAUACGGAACCUUUCGAGAACUAAACACAAAUUGUCGUGUUCCAUGUUGGCUAAUCGAGAAUGCUGUCCACAAUAACAGGGGGCGCCAGCCAAUCAACAACAACAACAACAAACGCUGAUACAGCGGCCAAAAAUAUAAUUCAGAUUGAAGCCCUAAAAACGGUUAAGGUGAAGGCCGAACCCUAUUCAACACUAUCGCCAGAGAACGCAAAUAAUCAAACUAAUCAAAUCAUGUCAGAUGAGGCGGAUGCAGCUACCAAAAAUAAUUCCAGCACAAAUAAUAAUAAUCAUCAUAACAACAACAACAGUGGCAACAGUAGCAACAAUAAUAAUAAUAGUAACAAUAAUAAUAUUAACAACAGCAAAAACACAACAAAUUCCAAUGCCAGCAGCAAUUCAUCGGACUCAGCUAGACAGAAUAAUGCCAAUUCGCCAACGAAUGCAAAUCCAAGUUCAACAACAAAUCCAAAUAACACCAGCGAGCAAACGAAUACGAAGAGCAACAACAACAGCAACAGCAGCAAUAUUGCACAAGUGUUAAAUUCGUCAGCUGAGAGUGAACUGCAUCAAGAUGAACUGUUGAAGAAAAAGAAGAUUAAUAGCGGCAACACCAGCAGCAGCAACAGCGUCAAGGAGGAGGAUUGUGUUAAGCCAAAGUUGACAUCGAAUCCAACGAAUAUAUCUGCUAGCUCUGCAUUGGACAAAGUCAAUCAAAAUAGUCUCAACAGCUCAACAGUUGUCAACAAUAGCAAUACAAAGGGAGCACCAGCACCAGCUUCAGCAGUAGCAGCAGCAGCUGCAGGCGCAACGGAACCUGUUGUUAAGGAGGAGCCGACAGAUAUAUUGCUGGGCAGCUGCUUGGUGAAUAUGAAGAAGGAAGACCAUUUCUCACCAAGCAUGUCGCCAGUGGGUUUUGGAUCGAUUGGUGCAACAGAUCGAUCUGUUACACCAGUUAAAAUGGAGCUGAAUGAAAAGCCUCCAUCUGUUAUGGGACUAAACACUGAUAAUGAUAUUAGCAACUGUAGUGCAUUAAUUAAUACCUUGGAUUCCGAUCGUAUAGGUGAUAUAAAUGCCUCGCAUGCCAAUCUAAGUGCUAAUCCAACUGUAAGCGUGCCUGGUCUUGGCGUAUCGCUUGGCAUUGGCAUUAAUGUGUCUCCUAAUGCUGGCUCCGUUGCUGGUGGUGGCGGUGGUGGUGGUAAUGGUGGUAGUGGGGGCGGCGGUGGCGGAGGCGGAGGCGGUCUUGGUGGUGGUGCAUCAUCCAAUUUUAUGGGCAAUAAUAGUGUUGGCAAUUGCUUGGAUUAUAUGCAGCAACAGAAUCAUAUAUUUGUCUUCUCAACGCAAUUGGCCAAUAACGGUGCAGAAUCUGUGUUAAGUGGACAAUUUCAGACGAUUAUUGCAUACCAUUGCACACAGCCAGCGACUAAGAGUUUUCUGGAAGAUUUCUUUAUGAAGAAUCCAAUGAAAAUGAAUAAAUUGCAACGACAGAACUCAUUGGGUCUCAACAUUUGCAACAUGUCCGGAGCAGGUGGACCCAACUGGCUAAAUUCAAAUGCAAAUUCCAAUAAUCCAAACUCCAAUCAAAAUCCAAAUUUGGCUAAAAUGCUGCAGCCUCAACAACAAAAGUCGAAAGCGCAUUUUAAUAAUCAAGCUGAUAAGCGAAACCACUUUGCAGACCCAACCUCAACAGCGGCCGAUUCACUUGUUAACGAAAGUGACCUGAUGUGCUGGGAGGCAGGAAAUGCCAAUCGAAGCUCGCUGGAGCCUGAUGGUCAAGCCAUGAAGCUAUUAGAAGGUGUUGAUAGUGUCCUGGGCAAAUGCAAUAACGCCGACUUAAGCGCUGAUGGCAAUAUAAUUUCAUUGCAGGGUGUCAAAGUGCCAGAUGAAAACUUGACACCACAGCAGCGACAACAUCGCGAGGAACAAUUGGCAAAACUGAAGAAAAUGAAUCAAUUCCUGUUUCCAGAGAAUGAGAGUGGUGGACCAGCGGGCAAUCAAUUGAACAAACUGCCAAAUGAGGCGGCAAUGGGAAAUUUAAUGAUGAACAUUGCGCCGACAGGCGCAGCGUCGAAUGCACAAAUGCGACAAAUGCAAUUGCAAAUGCAGGCGGCUGCAGCUGCGGCACAACAACAACAACAACAGCAGCAGCAGCAGAAAACGGAGCAUAUGUCGCAGCUGGGCGAAGAUGUUAUGAUGCCAUUGCCAGCUGAUGUUAUUGGUGAUAUUGGAGCUGUUAUGUCGUGCAGUAGUGGACAGAAAAACAAUUUACCAGCAUCCAACGCAGCAGCAGCUGCAGCGACAGCAGCAGCAGGCGGAGCAGGAGGAGGAGGAGCAGGCCUUGGAUCAGCUGCUGGUAUGAAUGCUAAUAUGAAUGUUGGCAUGCAAUGUUCAAAUAAUCCUAACUUAUUGGCCAACUCGCCCGAAUUGAUAGGCGGAUUUGUUAACACAAAUUGCGUUAUGGGCAUGGGAGCUGGAGAUAAAGGAGAAGGCAGUAUGACACCAAUGGAGUGGACCAAAUUGCAACAGCAAUUUUUUGAAGAGCGCAAAGCAGUGGGCAAAGCAGCUUGUCGGCCAACAGGUGGUAUGCCUGGACCUGGCUCCGGUACUAAUCCCCAGCCAUCGAUUACGACUUUGCCUUCUAGUAGCACACCAAAUGCCGUACUGCGAAAUAAUGUUCAAGGACCGCCACCGCCCUAUCAUCCCACACAACGGUCGGCAUCGGUGCCAAUUGCAACGCAAUCUCCAAAUCCUUCCAGUCCUAAUAAUCUCUCCCUGCCAUCGCCACGCACAGCUGGUGCCCUUGGUUUGCCAUCGAAUUCGCCCAGCAUGGAACUAAACAGUACAACCAAUUCAUCAGCAAGUGGUCAGGUUGGAGCUACAGCAAAUAUGGGUUCCAUAGCCACAUCGAAAAACUGUUUUCAACCCGACGCCGGUUCGCCUUCGAGUCGACAUCGAAAUGCUGGUAACAACGCAUCGAACGUAAAUGUGUGUGUGAAUGUGAUGAAUAAUCAUCUAAAUAGUAAUCCCAGUACGCCGCUUGCCCACCUUUCGCCCAAGGAUCUGGAAUCGUUUAACUCAACUGCUGGUGAUAUGAAGAACACUAGACCAAGUCCACAGCGCCCUCGGUCGCCAGGUAACCCCAAUGCCAAUGCUAACGCAAAUUCUACGAAUCAUCUAAUUGAACCGAAUAAUAUGGAUUCGAGAUUUCCGGCAACCAGCCCGGGGAUAAACUUUAAUCCACACACACAUUUGCAAAAUAAUCCAAACACUGCCUUGAACACAUACAAAGGCGCCAAUAGCAGCAACCCCCUGGAGCGUCAAAAUUGUGGAGCAAGUGGAGGGCCUGUACAAUUUGGUCGUCGUUCGGAUAAUAUGCCCCUGAAUCCGAACAGCAGCAGCAAUCGGCCAGCCCAAAAUAAGAUGGCACAGAACUUUGAUCCAAUUUCGUCAUUAGCGCAGAUGUCCCAGCAGCUGACUAGCUGUGUAUCAACCGUGGGUAGUCCCGCCGGCGGGAUGAAUAUGAUGGGUCCGGGUCCAGGUCAAGGUCAAGUUUCGGGACUAGUUGAUAUAAAUAUGGAGCACUCUGCUGCUGCUGCUGCUGCCGCUGGCUUGGUUCCCAAUUUGGAUGGCAUCAGCAUGGAACACAUGGGCAAUGCACCCAACAAUUGCCAUUCAAUCAAUCCGUUGAUUAACUCGAUGGGUCAGCGUAUGUUGAAUCCCAAGUUAUCUAACCUAGGGACUGCCAGCUUUAGUCCGGGACCAAAUGGUAUGAUACGCGAUGGAUCCGGACACGGACCUGGACCCGGCUUUCAUGGGAUAUUGCCACCAGGCGCACGCAUGAUGGGUCGCAUGCCAGUCAAUUUUGGACCCAAUUUCAAUCCAAAUAUUCAAGUGAAGGCCAGCACACCAAAUACAAUACAGUACAUGCCAGUGCGACCCCAAAAUAACAAUAGCAGCAGCAGUAGCAACAGCAACAACAAUAAUAAUAACAGUAAUAAUAGUGGCAAUAAUGGGAAUGUACGAGUGGCGCCUAGUUUGGAAUUCUUGCAGCGAUACGCCAACCCCCAAAUGGCCAAUCCGAUUGGCAACGACGGGAAUCCCAUGAUGAUGAAUAUGAAUUCAGCGCCCAGCGAUCAACAACAAAAUCAACAACAACAGCAGCAGCAACAGAACAAAAUGAUAAACAAUCAUGUUGGCAGCAUGAAUUUUUUUCAAAAUUGUAAUCAGCUAGCUGGCCUCGACGAUGACGUCGCCGGAAGUGUAGGAUUGCCUGGGCAUGCAGACAUGACACCAAUGAUACGUGGCAUGCGACCUCACGGCAUGCGACAACAUGGUGGCUUGGGCAACAUUCGCUUGCAGGCCCCAACAGGCAACAAUAUUGUGAAUCAUCGACAUCAAGUCCAGUUUCCUGGCGGUGAUAGCUUGGAUUGCAAUGAUCCGACUAUAUUGUUUAACAAUGGCGCUGGUGGCAAUUGCAAUUCGCCGGCAAUGUUUGCAGCUGCUCAACAACAGCAGCAACAAGCUCAACCGAAAGGUCAGCAGCAGCACAUAAAGUCUAUGCCGGGCGGUAUGUGUCCAAGUCAACUGGGCAUGCAAGGACCAGUACAAGGUGUGCAGGUACAGUUACAGGGACAAGGACAUCCUGGCAUGGUGGUUGGCCCCAACAACAGUAACCUUAUAUCGUCAGCUGGCAACGGCGGUGGCGUCAAUUUCGUUGGACCCUCGUCGAAUGAUCUGAAAUAUGCGCAGCAAUAUCACAGUUUUCAACAGCAAUUAUAUGCAACGAACACAAGAAGUCAACAACAACAACAGCAGCAACAGCAACAAGUUGGCGGCAAUAUGAUACCCAUGCCACCAAAUCUGUCGCCAAAUCCCGCAUUUUUUGUCAACAAAUAAGAUCGGAUCGGAUUGAAAUGAAACUGUCGGGCGAUCUAAAACGCUAGUCUCUGUAUCUCAAAGCAUCGAUCGAGCAUCAAAACUUUCUGCAAAUGAAAUUUGUGUGUUGUAAAUUUCCUUAGUCAAGGUGAAACUUAUUGUAAAUCAACUUGAAAAGGGGCGUCUCGUAAAUUUCAUAAGCCUAGGUGAUAUUCACUUAAAAAGGAAAUUAUGAGGGAAAAUUUAAUAUAAUCAAUUUAUAAAAAUGAAA